UUUAUAUUUGUUUCAAUUUUUAAUUAAAGAGUUAACUGAAUCUAACAACGCAUCAUGUCGCCCGAGCCCACGCAAGAACCCAUUCAGGAUAAUCUGACAAUUUCCAACGUAAUCCUGGAUGCAAGAGCGGCGAAUGAUGAGGAAGACAGCGAGGACGAGGAUAUGGGUAUGGCGGGAUAUCUGCCACUAUCCCAAGUGUCUACCGAUGCUGAUCCCAUAUUAGGCGAGGAAG